UCAAUGAAGUGAAGACGUUUGUUGUGAGAUUAGUUUCCUAUUUUUUCGCCUUCCGUCGUUUAAUUAAAUUCUGUGUGAUGUAAAUAAUUAGAUAGUACAAAAAAUAUUUUUUACUUUCCAAUAGGUAGAGCCUGAAAUUUUGUUUUUACUAGGUACAUAGAUGUAGGCACAGUAGAAUGUUUCUCGAACGCAUACUGUUUCCUCUGUUCUGUCUCGGAAUAGAAGUGUCUCGUGGAGCGGCGAGCGAGGAGUUGGCGCUGCGCGAGGUGGCGGUGGACAAGGGGACGAACGUGACGAUUCCGUGCGGCGGGCUGCUGACUCUGGCGCCGCAGAACGUGCAGUGGGUGCACAAGGGCAACCGCACGCACCAUGAGGUCCUGACGGACGGAAGCUUGGUGCUGCUGAACGUCGGCGUGGAGUACGCAGGCGUGUACGAGUGCGGCGUCGAAAAUGACACCACCUUCCUUGAUAGGAUUAAUGUCACAGUCAAAACGGAGCCUCCCCCACUGGUCAACGUAACAGUCCACGCGUCCACCAUUCUCGCCCUAAUCUUAUGGAACGUAGCGGGCGACGGUGGGCACCCAAUCAUAGACUUCACAGCGCAGUACCGCUCCGCGACGCCGAUCAACGGCAGCCUGGAGCCUUGGCGGCCUAUCAGCCCCAACCACAUCAGCCCCAACUCGCGGCAAAUCGACGUAUACCACCUGGACACGAAUGCGUCCUACUGGUUCCGCGUGUGGGCCAACAACCAGCUGGGCUCCGGGCCCGCCGUCGAGGUGCUCGCCACCACGCUAUACUCCGACCCGGAGGCAGAGCUCUACAAGCACUUCUUCACCGGCGCGGAGCACUUCGACACGCGCACGUGGCUGGCGGCCGUGUGCGUGGUGAUGGGCACGCUGCUCGUGCUGGCCGCCGGCACGUGCGCCGUGCUGUGCCGCGAGUGGCGCCGCCCCGAGUUUGAAGAACAGGACAUAAUGGAGUUAGUGCCUAACAUAAUCCUGAACCCCGGGUUCAUGGACACGGAUCCCGUGCCGCGGGACACGGCGGGCGGCGUGAUCCGGUCCACGGAGUGUCCGGGCCCGGGGAAGCCGCGGCGGGUCUGAUUCUCGUCUAUACUUAACCUUAGGAUAUUCUAUCGCACCGAUUCGGGACAUUUGUCAUGAUUGUAGCGUUGAGGUGUGACGUUGAUACGGGAGCCACGUUGCAUAUGGGCAUUGUCAUCAAAUACUUCAGAGCUUAGAUGUUCAGAAAUGCGUGUGACAUGACUGUAGUGAUGAGAUAAACUGUAUGUGCAUUACGGCUCGUACACGACAUUGCGCGACUUGCGACGGCGGCAGCGAUAACCAUAGGUUGGAGCGAGACAGCGAUCGGACCUUUCGUCUUUCGUUCUCACCUAGGGUUGUCGCUGCCGCCGUCGCCAGUCGCGUAUUGUCGUGGUCGAGCCGUUAGGAUAUUUACAGGCAUUUUGCUUGCGCGAUGUAUUUGUUUGAGAGUAAACAAUAGUUGAAGCAAACGACCUGAAAAUGUUGUAAUAAUUACGGUUUGGGUACUAUUAUUAAAAAAGUCAGUGUGUUCAGUUUCAAUUCUUGUUAAUUAUCAAUAUGCGAGGUAUCAAAAACAAGUGCAUUAAUAUAUUACUAGAAAAUGGCAGUUGAUCAAGAAAAGCAGUGAUACAGUGAUACAGCAAUUUAUUGGUAAAAGAAACAUAUACAU